AAUUUCACUUUCAUUUCUAUAAUCUUAUAGACCCUUUUUCCUUUUUCUCUCCCCCGUUUUUGUUGAAUUUUGAGUGCCGUAUCAUUAGAUCCAUAUACCCUUCAAUUAUAUAAAUCUGCAAAUAUUAUCAUCUCUUUAUUUCUGUUAUACCUACGCUCUUGGUAGGUGGCUAUCUCCGACAGGAGGGAAGGCCAUGGGAGUCGUUUGAAGAAGAGUUGAACAUAUACUUUAUAAAAUUUGAGUCGCGAUAUUUUCUGGGAGAUGGAUAAAUGCAAGGGUGUUGGGAAACUGGGAAGAAUGGUGAGAGACAGGAUUAUGAGUUUUUACCAGUCUUCUCUUCUUCAUUCGCCUGUUGUUUCUGUUUGGGAUUGUAUUGUGCGCACGAUGAGGUAUUCCUACAUACCUGAGUGGGUGUAGUUGUAGUUUAGUGUAUUGGUUUCAUAAUACUUCUAAUAUUUGGAAUCAUUAGUUUUUGCUAUAGUAUAAAUAACAGGAUAUAAAAGGAAAGUGAGAUAAAUAGUUGUAGAGAUAAUGUAUACCUCUUAAAGAAACUUGUAACAAAAGGAAAUUCAAGAAGGUCUUGGGGCAAUAGAUCUGAAAAUUUGUCGAUAAUAUGGAAUGUGCUAAAGCUGCGCCUGCUGUUAGAAAAGGGAAGAAGAAGCAAGUAAAGGAUGAGUUGGAUCGAAUUAAACAGGCUGAGAAAAAAAAGAGGCGCUUAGAGAAAGCCUUGGCUACUUCAGCUGCCAUUCGCUCUGAAUUGGAAAAGAAGAAACAGAAAAAGAAAGAAGAACAGCAAAAGCUGGAUGAAGAGGGUGCGGCGAUUGCUGAGGCAGUUGCUCUGCAUGUCCUAGUAGGUGAAGAAUCUGAUGAUUCAUGUGAGCUUUUGCUUAAGAAGGAUAAAGAAUCAAACCCAUGGGAUCUUGAUAGAAAUUUUGACUUUUUUAUGGGUGGAGAAAGAGCAAUGCUUCCUCAUCAAGACCUCUCAAUAUAUUCAGUUGAGGAAACACAAUGGGUGUCUGGUCCCAACGGGGAUGGAUGCAUGUGGAAUGAGCAGGAAAAUACCGCGUGGAUGGUGUCUUCUGUACCUUGGGUAGGAAAUGCUCACCAUCAAUGGUUUGAUGAGGGGAAUUGGGAGGUUCAAAGAAUUUCGGCUGGUCUUCUUGCAGCACAGGCUGUCUCAUCACUUCAGAUUGCAGAAGAUGCUCCAGUGGACUCAUAUGUCUUCGGUCGGAUGCUGCGAUAGUGAAUUGAAGAUCUUAAUUCUAUCAUCUUGCUGGCAGUACCUUAUGACAUGUUUUUUGUGGUUUUUGAAUAAUCCUAUGUAUAUAUUUCAAGUGAACUCAAUCCGCAUUGUUUGCGAGUUUGUAUGCUUCAUGCUUGAGCUUUUAAAAUUCACUAUGUUUGACUUUGA